AUGGCUUCUCUAAUUUCGGCACUUCUUUUCACCCUUUUGUUCAUCUCUAACGCUGAAGCCCAUCCAAAACAUGGCUUCACCGUCGAUCUGAUCCACCGAGAUUCUCCCAAAUCGCCGUUCUACAACCAUGCUGAAACAUCUUCACAACGUAUGAGAAAUGCAAUCCACCGUUCGGCUCGAAGUCUACUCCAGCGCAACAACGAAAGUUCUUCACCAGAUUCACCACGAUCGGUUAUCACUUCAAAUCGCGGUGAGUAUCUCAUGAACAUAUCUAUUGGAACGCCUCCGUUCCCAAUAUUAGCGAUUGCAGACACAGGAAGCGACUUGAUCUGGACUCAAUGCAGUCCUUGUAAAGAUUGUUUCAAACAGAAGGCUCCACUCUUCGAUCCUAAAAGAUCAUCCACAUACAAAAAGGUUUCUUGUUCCUCAAGCCAAUGUCAUUCCCUAGAAGAAACCUCUUCUUGUCCUACCGGAAAAGACACUUGCUCCUACUCGAUGUCAUACGGUGACAAGUCAUACACCAAAGGUGACGUUGCCGUCGACACUGUGACACUCGGAUCUGCCAGCCGCCGCUCUGUGUCGCUCAGAAACAUGAUCAUUGGGUGUGGACACGAAAACGCGGGAACCUUUGACGAAAUGGACUCGGGGAUCAUCGGGCUUGGAGGAGGAUCUACAUCACUGGUCUCACAACUUGGGAAAUCUAUCAACGGCAAGUUCUCUUACUGUUUAGUACCUUUAACGUCUGAAACUGACCUAACGAGCAAAAUCAACUUUGGAACAAACGGCAUCGUUUCGGGAAAUGGAGUUGUGUCAACCCCUUUGGUCAAGAAACCUCCAACAACGUUUUAUUUCUUAACGCUAGAAGCCAUUAGCGUGGGUCGCAAGAAGAUUCGAGUCUAUAACAGCUCAAUCGGUGGAAGUAAAGAAGGAGACAUCAUUAUUGACUCAGGGACGACUUUAACUUUGCUGCCAUCCAAGUUGUAUCAUGAGCUCGAGUCAGCAGUUGCUUCUAAAAUCAAAGCAAAGCGAGUGCAAGAUCCUGAGAAACUCUUGAGUUUAUGUUACAAGAGCUCUAAUCUUAAAGUUCCACACAUAACUAUUCAUUUCAAAGGAGGUGAUGUGAAACUGGAUAACGUGAAUACGUUUGUGGAAGUGUCUAAGGAUUUGUAUUGCUUUGCCUUUGCUCCAACCGUCUCAAACUCUGAUUUCAACUACAUAAACUUUCAUUGGAUCCAAAAAUCGGUCUCGGACACAACAAUGACAAGACUUACACGAGAUUUCCGGGAUUCAUUACACAAAGAUGUUGUUCCAGCGAUAUCAGCAGAUGUGAAAUUUGCUUCAAGCAGAUUUCCUAAUUACAGAAUCGGUGCUAAUGACCAGAUAUUUGAUGUGAAAGAUGACCCUAAAGUGCUCUCGAUGAAAGAGGUUGUUGCGCGUGAGACAGCGCAGCUUAUGGACCAGCAAAAGCGUAUGUCUGUUCGUGACCUCGCUAAUAAGUUUGAGAAAGGCUUGGCUGCUGCUGCUAAGCUCUCAGAAGAGGCAAAACUCAAAGAAGCAACAUCCUUGGAGAAACAUGUUCUUUUAAAGAAACUUCGAGAUGCAUUGGAGUCUCUACGAGGACGUGUGGCAGGUCGAAACAAGGAUGAUGUAGAGGAAGCCAUUGCCAUGGUUGAAGCUUUAGCUGUUCAGUUGACUCAGCGAGAAGGAGAGCUGUUCAUAGAAAAAGCGGAAGUGAAGAAGCUGGCGUCUUUUUUGAAGCAGGCCUCAGAGGAUGCUAAGAAACUUGUUGAUGAGGAAAGAGCUUUUGCGCGUGCUGAGAUCGAGAGUGCAAGAGCAGCUGUACAAAGAGUGGAAGAAGCCCUGCGAGAACAUGAACAGAUGUCUCGAGCCUCUGGGAAGCAGGACAUGGAAGAUUUAAUGAAGGAAGUUCAAGAAGCUAGGCGUAUUAAAAUGCUGCAUCAGCCAAGCAAGGUAAUGGACAUGGAAUAUGAGCUUCGAGCGCUAAGGAAUCAGCUUACAGAGAAAUCUAAACAUUUUCUUCAACUACAAAAGAAGCUUGCAAUGUGCAGAAAGAGCGAGGAAAGUAUAUCUCUUUUAUAUGAAAUAGAUGGCACUGAAGCUCUAGGUUCUUGUUUACGAGUCAGACCUUGCUCUGAUGAUGCUCCUGAUCUUUCAAAAUGUGCGUUGCAAUGGUAUCGUUCAUCUUCAGAUGACAGCAAGAAGGAACUAAUAUCAGGUGCUACAAAAUCAGUUUACGCUCCCGAGCCUUUUGAUGUUGGACGAGCCUUGCAUGCUGAUAUCAUUUACGAUGGCCAUACGCUUUCAUUAUCCACAGUGGGAAAGAUUGAUCCAGCUGCUGGAUUGGGAAGCUACGUGGAGGCAUUAGUACGGAAACACGAUGUUGAUUUCAAUGUAGUUGUGACUCAGAUGAGUGGAGAAGACCAUACAUCAGAAUCUAUCCACUUGUUUCACGUUGGUAAAAUGAGGAUAAAGCUUUGCAAAGGGAAGACAGUGAUUGCAAAAGAGUAUUACUCUAGUGCAAUGCAGCUAUGUGGAGUGAGAGGAGGUGGAAACGCUGCAGCUCAGGCAGUGUAUUGGCAGGCGAAGAAAGGUGUGUCCUUUGUGGUAGCUUUUGAGUCUGAGAGAGAAAGAAACGCUGCGAUCAUGCUUGCAAGAAGAUUCGCUUGUGACUGCAAUGUGACGCUUGCAGGCCCAGACGACAGAACAGAGACGGGUCUUAACUAA